CGACGAAUCGCGACGCAUGCCCUGCUGCCCAGGGCCAGGUGGCAGGACACGCGCCUGGGCCUCGUGUGCAAAUGAAAGGAGUGCGUCGCUGCAAAUGGACGAGAUCUCGGCGAGCCACACGGGCGGAGAUGAUGCCCUGCUCCUCCUUAUAAAAGCGCCUGGACGGUCCCCCCGUCGCGGGCUGUCACAAGUCUGCGACUUCGACAACCACUCGUUCACCUCGAACAUCACGCUCCUUUGAGUUCCUUUCGGGACUGUACAUUCUUUUACAGCACUGUUUAGAACAACAACUCCACCACCACCAGCGAAACCACCACCACCCCUAUUCGCUCUCUCUGUCGAAGCCCUCCAGACGACCCUUUCACACACUUAACAACUGUCACUAUGGUUUCCUUCAAGACUCUGUCUUUGCUCGGCCUCGCCAGUUCCGCCAUCGCCGCUCCCACUGCCGGACGCCCCGGCCACAAGAAGGUCGUAUGGCAUACCGUCAUCCACACUGAAUAUGUCACUAUCUAUCCCGGCAAGCCCACUGCUGCCCCCGCGCAGCCCACGGAGCAGAAGGCCCAGCCGACUACCACCCUCGCCUACCAGGCACCGCCGCCUCCCCCUCCUCCCUCCUCCACCAAAGUCGUUGUCGUGACCCCGACACCGGUCGUCAAGGAGCCCGAGUACCAGCCUCCUGCCAACGCCGGUUACAUGGCCACUGUUGACGAGUGGCGUGGCAAGCUCGGUCUCGCCAAACUGGCCGUGGACGCACAGCUCGAGGCCAACGCUCUCAAGACCUGCAAGGACGGCAACGGCCAGAUGGUCCACCAGCUCAACCCCGGAACCAUGGGCCAGGUCCUCGCUCCCGGCGGUCCCGAAGACUUCUACCACGUCUUCGUCGGCGGCUGGCUCUGCGAGCGCCCCGACAUGCCCGGCCUGAACGGCGUCUGCGCCGAGGCCUCCAAGGGCUGGUACUACACCAGCACCGGCCACGCGGAUAUCCUCGUCUCGGACAAGUACAAGACGAUCGGCUGCGCCAACUACAACGGAAUCUGGUCCUGCGAUCUUGGCUAUUGACAGGCAUACGUCGCGGCCAUGGAUGAAUUUGACGGGUUGCAGAGCAACGGAAAUUCUGACUGUGAUCGCAGCAGAACUGGGGAUGCUUAUGUGAAAAAUAGCUUGGAGAUUUUAUCUAGCCUCGAUCGGCAAUGGAGAGAUUUCGAUCUCGAUGUCCUUCCCUUCUUUGUUCGGUCCUUGUUUUGCUUCUGAGCCUAGGCUCACCUUCGCUUCUUGCGCCUUGGGCCUGCGCACUGUGCGGCGGCUAUACCGGUAGUUGUAGCUGUUGCAAUUUAUGCCUUGGUGUGAUUCCGUGUGAGUCGCGCCUUUUUUAUUUGC